UAAUUCUCCAUGGCUUCAUCUUCUUCUACUAUUUCAGCAAUGUUAGUGCCUGCAGCUGUACUACUUAGCUUCUUAAUGGUUGCUUCAGCUAACAAUUUCUAUCUAGACUUUGAUACCAGUUGGGGUGGGAAUAGAACUAAGAUACUUAACAAUGGGGAGCUUCUCACUUUGUCUCUUGACAAUAGUUCUGGGUCUGGUGUCCAAUCCAAGAGGGAUUUUCUGUUUGGGAAGAUUGAUAUGCAGAUCAAACUUGUUCCUAACAACUCUGCUGGCACUGUCACUACAUACUUUUUAUCUUCUCAAGGGCAAUAUUGGGAUGAGUUAGACUUUGAGUUCUUGGGGAAUCUAAGUGGACAACCUUAUACUGUUCACACCAAUGUGAUCACUCAAGGCAAAGGAAAUAGAGAACAGCAGUUCUAUAUGUGGUUUGACCCAACUGCAGAUUUCCACACUUACUCCUUCCUCUGGAACCCACAAUACGUCCUCUUCUCUGUGGAUGGAACUCCAAUUAGAGAGUUUAAGAAUUUGGAGACAAGUGGGGUUCCCUACCCAAACAAACAAGUCAUGAAAGUCUAUGCUAGCAUCUGGGAUGGAGAUAGUUGGGCAACAGAAGGUGGGAAAGUCAAGAUUGAUUGGAGCCAAGCUCCAUUCAUAGCUGCCUAUAGGAACUUCACUACAUAUGCCUGUAUUAUGUCUAAUGGUACUACUUGUGGAGGUUUCAAUUCUUCCUUCUAUUCAUCAAACAAUAGUUCAUGGUACACACAGCAGCUGGAUUCAGCAAGUCAGGCAAAGCUGAAAUGGGUGCAGGAUAAUUACAUGAUCUAUAACUACUGUACUGAUACAAAACGAUUUAAUGGUACUGUCCCUACUGAAUGUACUGUCUCCAACUAAUCAUAAACAGAUAAAGACUCCAUGAGAACAAGAUCAACAGGAGUUAUCUCCGCAAAUGUAUUAUUAGAUUCUUUUUUCCUUUCUUUGAAACUUUUAUUUGGUAUCAGUUG